CUAAAGCUGAAACCUUUGUCUCGUAUGAACCUAUUCAUCGUUCACGUGCUUGUUAAAUAUUUCUGAAACUUUCAGCAUGUUUCAGUCAUAUCACUUUUGUUCUGAAAUUUUUUCAUUGGUCCUGCUACCAUUGAAAAUUCACCACUCUCUCCUUAAACCAUAAGAUAUCUUGUAUGGUUGAAGUGGUUCCUCAUCACAUAUAUAUAUAUAUAUAUAGAGAUAACGUAGAAGAUGAAAGAGAAGAUGGCGGCAAGUACUAGUUCAGGUGGAACAGAAACACCUCUAUUAAGGGAAAAUGAUAAUGGAAGAGAAAACACAAGACCUCAAGUUGUGGGGUGGUGGAAUAAAGUGUUGGACAUGGAAGAGGCCAAGCAUCAACUCUUGUUUUCACUGCCAAUGAUUCUUACCAACUUGUUCUAUUACUUAAUCACUUUGGUUUCUGUCAUGCUUGUUGGUCACCUUGGUGAGCUUCAGCUUGCUGGUUCUACUCUCGCAAACUCGUGGUUCAGUGUCACAGGCGUUGCUGUUAUGGUUGGUUUGAGUGGGGCACUGGAAACACUGUGCGGGCAAGGAUUUGGUGCAAAGGAAUACCAAAUGCUGGGAAUUUACCUACAAGCCUCUUGCAUCAUAUCUCUUAUUUUCUCCUUCAUUAUAUCAAUUAUUUGGUUCUAUACAGAACCCAUCCUAGUGUUGCUUCAUCAAUCUCAAGACAUUGCAAGAACAGCUGCUCUUUAUAUGAAGUUUUUUAUCCCGGGAUUGUUUGCAUAUAGCUUUUUGCAAAACAUCUUGAGGUUUCUUCAGACACAAUCUGUGGUAAUGCCAUUGAUUGUACUAUCAGCUCUUCCAUUGUUGCUUCAUAUUGGUAUUGCAUAUGGCUUGGUUCAGUGGUCAGGUCUAAGUCUUACUGGUGCACCAGUUGCAGCUUCUAUUUCACUAUGGAUAUCAAUGCUAUUAUUGGCCCUCUAUGUCAUGUAUGCUAAGAAGUUCAAGCAGACAUGGCAAGGACUUUCAAUGCACUCAUUCCAUUAUGUUUUUACAAACAUGAAACUAGCUCUACCCUCUGCUGCGAUGGUAUGUUUGGAGUACUGGGCCUUUGAAGUUUUGGUUUUCUUAGCUGGACUAUUGCCUGACUCACAGAUAACAACUUCGUUGCUUGCAAUAUGUGCAAACACAGAAUUCAUUGCCUACAUGAUCACUUAUGGUCUCAGUGCGGCUGCAAGCACGAGGGUAUCCAAUGAAUUGGGAGCAGGCAACCCGGAACGAGCUAAACAUGCAAUGAAUGUCACUCUCAAGCUCUCUCUCCUCCUCGGUUUCUGUUUUGUUUUGGCACUUGGCUUUGGUCAUAAUAUCUGGAUUCAGUUUUUCAGUGAUAGUUCCACAAUUCAAAGGGAGUUUGCUUCAGUGACACCCUUGCUUGCCAUUUCCAUAUUACUAGAUGCUAUCCAAGGUGUCUUGUCAGGGGUGACCAGAGGAUGUGGCUGGCAGCACUUGGCGGUUUAUAUUAACCUUGCAACAUUUUAUCUUAUUGGUUUACCAAUAUCAUGCCUCCUAGGAUUUAAGACCAAUUUGCAGUAUAAGGGUUUAUGGAUUGGUCUGAUUUGUGGGCUGCUUUGUCAAACUGUGACACUGUUCCUUGUCAUAAGGCGUGCCAAAUGGACUAAACUGGAUGUCUCCGGGGACAAAGAUAAAGAACAACCUCAUGUUGUUUAACUGAAUUUAUGAUCAAGAAAGUUUGGCAUUCUAUAUGUAAGAAAUGAUCACUAGGGGAGACCAUGAUUUUGUUGGAAAGUAAAUUUAAUAGAGCACAAUUUUUUUUUUUUUAGAUUUAU